AUGCAGGAAAUCCAAGUACAGCUGACGAUACGUUUUUUGGACUAUCCUCCGUGGAAAGUACAAGGCAACAAUACCCGGAAUCUUUACACUGCCCCUCGCGAGUGGACUGAGUACACUGUUGUUGUACCAAAAACACGCAAUCUCCUCCACGACCCCCUUAGGAAUUUUGUCCGAGCGCUCAAUCAGCCUGUAUGGGCGAGCAGGCUGAUUGAGCGCUCGGACAAAAUUCCUAAGGGGGUCGUGGAGGAGAUUGCGUGUUUUUGGUACAACAACAGUGUACUCAGUCCACUCGCGAGGGGCAGUGUAAAGAUUCCGGGUAUUGUUGCCUUGUACUUUCCAUGGAGGAUAGUCCAAAAAACGUAUCGUCAGCUGUACUUGGAUUUCCUGCAUCAGCACAGCACCCCCUUCCACGUGUCGUUUGGCUUCUUCGUGGGAGCAAAGCCUGGAUGGCUGAUUGAGCGCUCGGACAAAAUUCAUAAGGGGGUCGUGGAGGAGAUUGCGUGUUUUUGGUACAACAACAGUGUACUCAGUCCACUCGCGAGGGGCAGUGUAAAGAUUCCGGGUAUUGUUGCCUUGUACUUUCCACGGAGGAUAGUCCAAAAAACGUAUCGUCAGCUGUACUUGGAUUUCCUGCAUCAGCACAGCACCGCCUUCCACGUGUCGUUUGGCUUCUUCGUGGGAGCAAAGCCUGGAACCCCCGAUAAGUUGCAAGUCCCCUCACAAACUCAGAGCCACGCGCAGAUUGGGCCUUCCGCUCGUAUGGGUAGUUUUACAGAUGGUGCGGCAUGUUUUGCAGGCGCUCUCUUGCACAGCAGAUGCAACGGACCAGAUAACAUCUCCGUACAGAUGCCGUCCAAAUCUGUUGGCUUUGCUGUGCUACACAAUACAAUGUUCUUCCUUGCUUCGCUUUGA